AUGUGGCAGGGUCCGGGUUCAAGACCUCAGCCACAGUUCCUGGCGGUGGCCCCCCAAGCAUCCGAGGGCCGGCGCUCAGCUCCGCCGGGGUCACUGUUACCCGGCUUUCAGCAGGUGUUUCAAGCACGACCCGGUGACGGCCAGGAAGCUGAACGAACAGAUGGCGAUGCCUCAAUCUCCCCCAGGCGGGAUGCAUCGCCCAGGCAGCCGUUCUUGAUGCCAAAUAUGGAUCCAUUGGUCCGACAGCAGGGCCUGUUGUUCCAACAGUCUGAGCUUUUGCGGGAGCAGUUCAUGAAGUUCGCCGAGGCAUUGCAGAGACUUCACAGUUCCGUGGAGGAACUCCGGGAAGACCUGCUGAAUGAGCAUCACCAGCGUGUCCAUGGCGAGGAACAUGUGGCAUCUACACUGUCAUCACUUCGCGUUGAGGUCCACGAGCAAAUGGAAGAGAAAAUGGGUUUGUUGCGGGAGGAGGUGAACCUGCGAAGCAAAAGCAGCGAAGUGGAGCUGCAGCGCUUAGGGAGCUGUGUGGAAGGUGUCUCACAGCAGCUUGGGGCGCAGAUCAUCACUGUGGCUGAGGACCAGAGAAGCCUCACAGAAAACCUGGCAGCUUUCCAAGUAUCAGUCGGGAACACUGCUGUGAGCAAGACUGCAUUGGAGGAACUUCGCAACCAGGUCGAGAAAGAGUUGCAAGUGGUCCUGAAUACCACAGAUGGUGCACUUCGUGAGAGGGAGGCUUCUUUGAUUGCCGCGAUGAAAGAAGAAAUUGCCACGGUACGGUCCGAAGCCCUCAUCGAAGCGGAGCAGUGGAGGGAACGCUUCUCAACAGUGGAAGCUGCUUCGGAACGACUCUGUGCUGAGAUGGCCGCGGAGCAUCAGCAAACCCGCAUUUCGGCUGUUGGACUGGCAACAGAGCUGUCAGAGUUGCGAGAUGCCCUUUCCAAGGAGUCCCAGUCCUACCAAGAAUCUACAACUUCGGUCCAGCGCUGGGUAACUGAGACCAUGUCUUUGAAGCAGUCACUCCAGGAAGAGGAAAUAGCACAGGCAGCCUUGAGCAAUGCCGUUGCCGAGAACAAGUUGGAAUUGGAAAAACAGGUUGCUAUUGCGAAGACUCUGGCAGAAGCGACAGCCGAAUACAAAAACGGCAAAGAGGAGCUGUGGCAAGCCAUGAGCUCCAUACAAGAUACCAAUGAGCAGAAUGUGAAGGACAUAGAAUCUCUACGUUUGCGUACUCAGCACAUGGAGCUUCAACGAUUUGGCCAGGUGACUCGCCAGCUCGAGGAGCUGACCGUCCAGCAGGGUGACACCACGGGCAAGCUGGAGCGGGUAGAGCAAGCGCAGAGCAAUACUCAUCGGGCCUUGUCUUCCAAGCUGGGCGGACAUAGCCAAGAGCUUCAGCAGGCGCAGGCGAUGUUGAACCAGCUCUCAGAGCAAAAUACCCAGCACGAGUACAUUGAGAGCCGGGAUCGGCAGUACCGCCUUUGUGUGACUAUGGAUGGCGACAUUGGUAUCUUCCGGCGGUCUGGAUGGGGCAAGCAUGGGGGCGACUUCGCAGGUGUCCCGCGCUGGCAUGCCGGAGCUGUGGGAGACAAAGCGCUGUGCUCAGUGAACAGAGAGACGCAGGCAUAUGAAAAGGAUCGCUUUUUGGCCAUGGCCAACCGUGAGCUUCAGACAUGA